AUGGCUUCCAAGCCAUUCUCUUUCAUAUGGUUUUCAUUUCUCAUUCUUAUCCUUCUUCUCUACUCCCCAUCAUCUUCUGCAGAUAUCCCUCUGACCACUCCUCUCCCACCAGAAACCAUUUGCAGCUUCACUCCAUAUCCUUCUACUUGCUUAUCUGUCCUCCCAAAAGACAAUGCAAGUUUCUAUGACUCUGGUCGGUUUUCGAUCCGACACUCUUUAUCGCAAUCCAAUAAGUUCCUAAAGCUAAUCGAGAAACAACUUCAACGCAGAUCCACCUUCUCUCAACCCACAAUUCGUGCUCUUCAAGAUUGCAAGUAUCUUGCUUCUGAAAACGUUGAUUUUUUAUCGAGCUGCAUUGGAAUUGUCAACAAGACAAGCAAAGUUCUUCCAAGCUUGGAUGCUGAAGAUUCCCAAACCUUGCUCAGUUCCGUUCUAACCAAUCUCCAAACUUGCCUGGAGGGCCUGCAAACCACAUCUUCCACUGGAAGUGUCGAUAACGAGGUCUUGGACUCCAUUUAUGGUGACUCCAAACAGCAUGGCGUGUCUCUCGCUCUCUUCACCAAAGCUUGGGUGCCUAAACUGAGAGAUGCCACAGCUUUUCGGCCCAAGAAUCAUCCUAGAUUCCGAAAGGGACGCUUGCCGCUGAAAAUGUCGGAUGAACACCGAAAGAUUUACGGCAAGGCUUUCCAUCGGAGAAAACUUCUUCAAGCAGGAGAUGAAGAAGUUGUGGUGAAGGACAUCGUGAUAGUGAGUAAGGAUGGAAUUGGAAACUUCACCACCAUCCACGAAGCCAUCGCUGCUGCUCCCAACAACUCUGCUUCUUCGAGUGGGUACUUCUUGAUAUAUGUCACUGCCGGAGUUUAUGAAGAGUAUGUGUCCAUUGAAAGUAAGAAGAAGUACUUGUUCAUACUCGGAGACGGUAUCGGUCAGACCAUCGUCACAGGGAGUCGAAGCGUAGGAGAUGGAUGGACUACUUUCAACUCUGCAACUUUUGCUGUGGUGGCACAAGGGUUUCUUGCCGCAGACAUAACAAUCCGAAACACAGCUGGACCAAGCAAAGGGCAAGCGGUUGCCCUCCGAAGUGGAGCUGAUUUAUCUACGUUUUAUAGGUGUAGCUUUGAGGGGUACCAAGACACCUUAUACGCACAUUCCAAGAGACAAUUCUAUAGAGAAUGCAACAUCUAUGGCACCGUGGAUUUCAUAUUCGGAAAUGCUGCUGUCGGCUUACAAAACUGCAACAUAUAUCCAAGAUUGCCAAACAAAAACCAAUUCAAUCCCAUCACCGCUCAAGGCCGAACUGACCCGAAUCAGAAUACGGGUACUUUCAUCCAUAACUGCACUAUCAGAGCUGCUGAAGACUUGGGAACUACAAAGACAUAUCUAGGGAGGCCAUGGAAGGAGUACUCAAGGACUGUUUACGUGCAAAGCUUCUUGGACAAUUUGAUAGAUCCUUCUGGUUGGCGUGAAUGGAAUGGAGAUUAUGCUUUGAGCACAUUGUAUUAUGCUGAGUAUAAUAACACUGGUCCUGGAUCAAAUACUUCCAUGAGAGUUACAUGGCCAGGUUACUAUGUGAUCAACGACACUGAUGCUGCUGCUUUUGCAGUGUCCAAUUUCUUGCUGGGGGAUAGCUGGUUGCCUCAAACUGGAGUGCCUUAUACUGGUGGGUUAAUAUGA